CGUCUACAGUAAACCGGAUGAAGACAUUUGGUGGUUGUGGAGGCAAACAAACUAACGCUGUGCCAAACAAACUCUUCAAAAGUCGUUCUUAGAAGAGUUUUGAGUAAAAUAAAGAAAUCCUAAUCUGAGUUGAUGGAAAACAAACCCGCUGGUCUGCUGAACGCUGUUCCUCCGCACGGACACGUGAUCGCUAACGACAAAUGGAGAGACACGACCCUCGUUCACAACCUGAAAGGUGGAGGAGUGAAGAUCCUGUUUGAGACUGAACUGAGUUUGACAGAUUUCCACCUUCCCAACAAAAGCUGCGUCCUCUAUGUGUCCGAGUGUGACAUCGUCGCCGGGAACAACUACAAGAGGAAACUGGUUCGCUACAGAAACGCGAGCAGCAGCUUCCAGGGGUUGGUGUUGGUGGAGAGGACCAGACUGAGUGAACAGUUCUUCUCGGUCGUGCAGAAGUUUGUGGUGUUUGACCUCGGUCUGACUCUGCUGCCGGUCAGCGGUCAGACAGAGGCCUCGCAGCUCAUUGCGCAGAUCGUCCACAGCGGGAGCAGAGAAAACCCCUUCAGGAGGAGUUCUUCCUCUCAGCUGCUGGACCCGCUGGUUCUGGCCGUGGUCCAGCGGGUCCCUGGUGUGGGCCGGAUCAAAGCUCUCGCUCUGCUGCAGAACUUCUCCAGCCUCCAGCGGCUCUGCAGCGCCACCAUCGACGAGCUGGAUCCUGUGGUGGGUCCAGCAGCCGCACAGCACAUCCACACCUUCUUCCACAAACACGCGGCGGACGGAACGUGAGCGCUCUGAGUUUGAGUUUGAGUCUGAGUCUAAGUCUGAGUUUGAGUUUGAGUUUGAGUCUGAGUUUGUGUCUGGACACAGAUAUGAAACGCUGACAAUGGAAGGAGAUGAAUUUACUACGUCAGCGAAUAUUCUCACUCACACACACACUCACACACUCCGACAUGGACACACACAGAAUGAGGACACAGUGGGUCUGUGUAUGGACUGACCUGUGCAGGUUAAAGUUCAGUUUGUUGUUUGUGGUUGUGCGCUGUGAGCGCCCCCUACUGCUGAAAACCAGCCUGAAACGGUUCGGCUCACUCACUCUCGGUGUAAACAUGCCAGUGAAGACAGAAGGAAAAACAGUUUUAAGCCACUUAACACAAGUCUAUGACGUGUUAAGGACACGUUGACGUCUUUAUCUCACUGUUGGACAGACUUUUCCAACAGGAACAGCAGCUCCUGUGUCUCCGUGAGCUACAAUCACUGAUUUUCUCUCUGGACUUUGGUGUGAGAGAGUGAGUGACCAAACUGUUCUAAUGUAAUAAAUGUAUUGAUUAUUUUAUUUAUUCAUUUUCAUGUGUAUAUACAUGAUAUAUAGAUAUUUAUAUACGUAUAGUAUUUUGGUCUUUUUGACACUUGUUUCCACAUUAAACACAUUUAAUAUCA